AUGGAUCUAACACUAUCAAUCAAAUGUAAAAUAUGUGGAACGUUUGAAUCAACAUCGAUUGAAGAGUUUAGAUUACAUGGUAUCAAUCAAUGUAUGCCGGCGGUUGCAAGGUACUUUGAUGUUGGUCGGCUGGUCGACGUAGCAAAAUCACUUGAACAACUAGACCAAUUAGAUGUUAUAAACAAGUUUGAAAAGAAAAAGAGAAGAGAUAUCUUGAUAAAGAAGAAGAAGAAGAAGAUGAUGAUGAUGAUGAUGAUGAUGAUGAUGAUGAUGAUGAUGAUGAUGAUGAUGAUGAAAUCAAUAAUAAUGGUGACUCUAUCCUACAGACUGGCAACUGGAAUUGAUUGA